UAGGAGAGAGUGGCAUUAGAACAUAUUCACGUACACUUGCUGUUUCUUCAGUUUUAAACAAUUACAUACAAAAAGAUAUGGGUGAAGCAAAAGGUCAUGUACUGUUUUUCCCAUAUCCGUUACAAGGCCACAUUAAUCCAAUGAUCCAACUCGGCAAACGCUUAUCCAAAAAGGGACUGACCGUCUCACUCAUCAUCGCCUCCAACAUCCACCGCGAACCAUACACCUCUGAGGACUACUCUAUCACCGUCCACACCAUCCACGACGGUUUCUUUCCACACGAACACCCUCACGCCAAGAUCAAAGAUCCUCCACGUUUUAACGAGUCUACUGCUCGUAGCCUCACCGAUUUCAUCUCUAGGCAGAAGUUAUCGAGCAACCCUCCAAAAGCUCUGAUCUAUGAUCCGUUCAUGCCCUCUGCACUGGACGUAGCCAAGGACUUGGGUCUAUACGUAGUGGCCUAUUUCACUCAACCAUGGUUGGCUAGUCUUAUUUACUACCACAUCAACGAAGGAACCUACGACGUUCCUGAUGAUAGGCACGAGGACCCGAUACUUGCAUCGUUUCCGGGUUUUCCACUGUUAAGCCAAAAUGAUCUGCCUUCUUUCGCUUGCGAGAAGGGGUCUUACCCGCUGAUAUUCAAAGUUGUGGUUAGCCAGUUUUCUAACUUGCGGCGCGCUGAUUGUAUUCUUUGCAACACUUUUGAUCAACUUGAACCUAAGGUAGUGAAAUGGAUGGAUGGUCAGUGGCCGGUGAAAAACAUUGGACCGGUGGUUCCAUCCAAGUUCUUGGAUAACCGGUUGCCAGAAGACAAAGAUUACGAACUCGGGGAUAGCAAGACUGAGCCAGAUGAGUCUGUUUUGAGUUGGCUGGCGAAUAAACCAGCCAAGUCAGUAGUUUACGUGGCGUUUGGGACGUUGGUGGCUUUGAGUGAGAAGCAGAUGAAGGAGACCGCGAUGGCCAUUAAACAAACCGGAUACAGUUUCUUGUGGUCUUGUCGAGAUUCGGAGAGAAGCAAGUUACCGUCUGGCUUUGUGGAAGAAGCUUUGGAGAAGGACACUGGAUUGGUGGCCAAGUGGGUUCCUCAGCUAGAGGUUUUAGCACAUGACUCAAUAGGAUGUUUUGUGACACACUGUGGAUGGAACUCAACAUUGGAGGCAUUAUGCUUAGGAGUUCCAUUGGUGGGGAUGCCACAGUGGACGGAUCAGCCCACGAAUGCCAAGUUUAUAGAGGAUGUGUGGAAGAUUGGGGUUAGAGUGAAGACUGAUGAAGAAGGGUUUGCGAGUAAGGAGGAGAUUGCUGGAUGCAUUUCUGAGGUUAUGGAAGGAGAGAAAGGGAAAGUGAUGAGGAAGAAUGUUGAAAAUUUUAAGGUAUUGGCACGUGAGGCUAUCUCAGAAGGAGGUAGUUCCGACAAGAGCAUUGAUGAAUUUGUUGCUAUGAUGACUUGAAAAUCUGAAACUGAUAUGAUCUGUGUGUUGUCAGUUUGUUAGUUUAAUUACCGAAUAAUGACUUCUUUGUCUGA